AUUUUAAAAAUGUAUAGCUUUGAUGGACAACAUAAAACUGGUUUAAAAGUAUCACUUGGAGGAGCUUCUAAAAAGAUUGACAAAAAGUCUUUACUACAAUCUGCAAAAGAUGAAAGAACUAAAAGAGAGUUACUAAGACGACAAAACAUAUCUGCAUUAAAAAUUCAAUCAUGGUACCGUGGAAUUACUGUCAGAAGGUGCAUUAGUGCAAAAGAGCGAGAUGUGUUUGAUUUGCUAAUAAAAAAUGAAGGAUGCUCAGAUUCUUUGAUUGUUCUCAUUAAAAAGUUGUGUUGUUUUUAUAAAGCAAGUAUUGAUUACCAAAGACUGAUAAUUGUUUGUCAGUCUGUUCUAAAGCUUAAUUCAUCUAAACAGCUACAAAAACUUUUAUUGAACGAUGAAGUAGGUUGGGUUCUAAAGAUAAAAAAGCUUCUUUUUAUCUGCUGCAGAUCUCUUGAAAUACCAGAUAUUAAUAUAGCAAUACCACUUCGUAUGCUAGAAGUAUUUACUGAUUGUCAGUCAUUUAUAUGUUUCGGUCAACAAAAAGCUGAGAGAACAUCUUCAUCUAUUACUUUGUUUCUUGUACAAAAAGGUUAUUUUAAAUAUUUACGCAAACUGAUUAAUGCACGAGUACCUUCAGAUAUCGAGCCCUCUGCUAAUCCUCCAACACCAUUCUCUGGUGCUCUGUGUGAUCUUGUUUUGAAAGCUACACGAAUUAACCUAUUGAACAAUAAUGAUGUUGUAAAUGAAUCCAACACACUAAAACUUUAUUCUGCGCUUAUCGAAGACUUAUUGUCACCACCUAUGACUUCUCAGAUUUGUUAUUUUUUGAUUCCAUCACUUGGAAAAAGUUUUCCAAUUAAUCAUUUGUUUUUAAAAGCCAUGGCAAGUUCCAGCUCUUCCUUUAGUAUAUGGAGUUUAUACGCACAUCUAACGUUUUUUGAAUACCAACUAGGUAAUUUAAAUUCAAAAGAUUUAUCAUCUUUUAUUGGUUCUAUAAAGUUGAUGAUCAAGUAUUUAUGUCGUAAGAAAGAUGAAAUUUUGGUCAAAGAUGACAGUGAUAGCGAUUCAAGUAAUGACAAUGAUGACAUGGAAAUAUCAACAAGUUCAUCUACUAUCAAUGAACAGCAUUGUUUUAAUUAUGUAUAUGAGCGAUGCAUGGAUAUCAUGAAUGAAAAGCAUGUUGUAUCAUCUUUUUUACAUGCACUUGAAGACAGAUUCAUAUCUGGAUACGUUGUUGAUGAUUUAUGCCAUAUUGCAUUUCAUUUUUUGUUUAAACUUCAUAUCCAAGUUCAUAAAUCUAGAUUUCUAAAUAGUCUAGCAUUUUGUAAACAGUUUUUGCGUCUUUGCUGGAGUCAUUUGCUGCGUCCUGUAACUUCCAUUACUGGAAAACAAACUCAGCUAAUUUUUCACUUGUCAGUGAGUAGCAAUACAGUUUAUGUCAAAGAAUCAUUGCGACUAUUAACAGUCUUCAGUUCCUUAUUCAAAUAUGCACUUUUUUCUAUAUAUGACUUUGACUUCUAUUCUACAAAUGCUGACACCUGCCAAUCUUUAAUGCCAUUUUCUUUGGCAGAGGUGGUGGAAAUGUCAACUAUUGUCAGAGACUCAAUUUUAGGUUUGAUCAUGUUGAUGUAUCCUGAAAGUAAAACAGUUGAAACUAAAUUUUAUUCCAAAUGUGUAUUUUGUUGCCAGAUGGCAACAGCUUUCAUUAAACAUCUUUAUGCUCGAGACUGUCGUCAUCAAUUCUGUCCAGAAAAACAUUGGUUAUCAGAUCGUGCUGCAAUUAGUCAAGAAAAUUUAAAUGUGAGUUCUUUUUUGGAAGAGCAAACAGCAGAAGAAGUAUCAAAACCUGGACUCUCAUUGCUUAAUUUACGAAAUUUGGCAGUGCUCAAAUACAUACCGUUUGCUGUUCCUUUUUUGCAGCGUGUUAGGAUAUUUCAGCGUAUUUUGUCUGAAGAUAAAAAAGAGAGUCAAAAUAUAUUUCAAAAUGUUUUACCAUCGCAUAGUAUCAACAUAACAGUAAACAGAAAAUAUCUAUAUCAAGAUGCCUAUGACCAACUUUCACAGGAUCGAGCAGAUGAUAUUAAAAAAGUUAUCAGAAUACAUAUGAUUAAUGCGCAAGGGUUGGAUGAAGCAGGUAUAGACGGAGGUGGUGUUUUUCGAGAAUUCAUGUCACAACUUCUUCGCAGUGGUUUUGAUCCAAGCAUUGGCUUUUUUAAAACAACUUCACAGCAACUUCUCUAUCCUAACCCUGACAUAAGUCUUAUUUAUCCAGACUAUUUAAAGCAUUUACAUUUUCUUGGGCGAAUGUUGGGAAAAGUUAUAUAUGAAUCAAUGAUGGUGGAACUACCUUUAGCUGAUUUUUUUUUAUGUAAGUUAUUAAAUAAAGGUGGUUCUGAUGUUGACAUUCAUCAUCUGGAAUCAUUAGAUCCUGAAUUAUAUAAAAAUUUAUUAUAUUUAAAAAACUAUAAAGAAGAUGUGGAGGAACUUUCAUUAAGUUUUACUGUUGCAAACAACGAGUAUGGAGAAACAAAAGUUCUUGAGUUAAAGCCUGGUGGAAAAGAUAUAUCUGUUACUAAUUCUAAUAAAAUUGAAUACAUUCACCUUAUGGCUGAUUACAGAUUGAAUAAGCAAAUACGAUCGCACUGCAAUGCUUUUCGCUCUGGCUUGUCCGAUGUUAUAAAUAUAGAAUGGCUUCAGAUGUUUGAUCAAAGAGAACUACAGAUUUUGAUAUCUGGUGCACAAAUACCAAUUGAUAUAGAAGAUUUAAGACGUAAUACAAGUUAUUCUGGUUCAUUUACUGCUGAAGAUCCAUAUAUAGAAGAAUUUUGGAAGAUUUUAGAAGGGCUUAGUGAUCAUCAAAAAAGACUUUUUUUGAAAUUUGUUACAAGUUGUUCCAGACCUCCAUUACUUGGUUUUUCGGAGUUAUAUCCACGUUUUUGUGUUCAUGGGGGAGGUGAGGAAGAUCGUUUACCAACGGCAAGUACAUGCAUGAAUUUUUUAAAACUUCCAGUGUAUAAAAGUAUCGAUUUACUUAAAACAAGACUAAUAUAUGCUAUCGAAGCUGAAGCAGGUUUUGAGUUGAGUUAGUUAAAGAUUUGAAUCCAACUAAAAAAAAUUGGAAACGAACAUAUAAAAAGAAUUCCGUUUUGAAAUAAUAGUUAUAAAAAAAAAUUUACACUAACGCAAGUUAAUAAAAAUUUAUAUUUUUUUACAUUCGUUUCAAAUUUCUAAUUACCAAUAUAAAAUCUCAUGCGUUUUGAUGGUUGCGUGUGUGUAUGGGUAGAUCCAGUUUGUAAGAGAUUAGAUAUAAAGGAGUUCGAAUAAUUUAAAAAUCGCAAUAACAUCACCGAAUAAGGAGAACAGAAAGAAUUAUUUAGUUUACAAUUAUUACUUUUUGUAAAUAAAUAAUUGCGAGCUUAGCUGUAAAUAAAUAAUUUCGAGCUAAAUAAGCCUAUAAAAUAAUAUUCAAACAAAGUGACAAUUUUUAAUCAAUGUAAGAGGUUAUUUUUGUAAUAUCGGUUAUGUAAAACUAAUGAUUUUUGUUACUAAAAUUAGGUAAAAUGUGAAGAAACGUGAACAAGAAAUUAAAUUAUGAGAAAUAA